CAAAAGCGCUAGCUAGUGCAGGACAGAGAUACACGACUUGCUCCUCUCCGGUCUAGACGUCGCAUCGUUAGCCAAGUCGGCUACUUAGCAGUUUUAUUUUCUGGACAAAAUGUCAACCACGACCGGCGGCGGAGAGUUUGGCAACCCUCUACGAAAGUUCAAGCUUGUCUUUCUGGGCGAACAGAGUGUUGGGAAGACUUCACUCAUCACCCGGUUUAUGUAUGACAGUUUUGACAACACUUAUCAGGCAACAAUUGGCAUUGACUUUUUGUCAAAAACCAUGUACCUAGAAGAUCGUACGAUUCGGCUGCAGCUCUGGGAUACAGCCGGACAGGAGCGCUUCCGCAGCCUCAUCCCCAGUUACAUCCGCGACUCAGCCGCUGCUGUGGUGGUUUAUGACAUAGCCAAUCUUAAUUCAUUCCAGCAAACCUCAAAGUGGAUUGAUGAUGUUAGAACAGAGAGAGGAAGUGAUGUCAUUAUCAUGCUUGUUGGGAACAAAACAGACUUGGCGGACAAAAGGCAAGUUUCUGUUGAGGCGGCAGAGAGGAAAGCUCGUGAACUCAAUGUGAUGUACAUAGAGACCAGUGCCAAGGCUGGCUAUAACGUCAAACAGCUGUUCCGUCGUGUUGCUGCUGCAUUGCCCGGGAUGGAUAGCACCCCCGAGAAAAGCAAAGAGGACAUGAUCGACAUCAAACUGGAGAAACAGCCCGAGAUGACUGUCACCGAGAGCAGCUGCUCCUGCUAGUACACCUCACCCUCACCCAGCCUGUCUCCUCGCCACCAAUAGCUCGUCUCUCAGUGGCCGCUCGCUCCACCCGUGACACACUGCCACCUGGACGGAGGACCUGUUUUUUGUUUUUUCUUUGUUGUCUUGUUUUUUUUGUGCCCCUUUUCAACUUGGUGACUUUUCAGAGUAAUCGUGUGGAUGUGCGCUCCUGUAUUGAAGCAGAUUGUCUGGAGGGGGGUAAUAUGGUUUCAAAGUAAACAUUUAAUACACGGGAUAAGUUAAAUGAUGUGAUCAGAUUUUCAUCCAGUUGCAUGACAUUAUAUAGGAUUGCAGAUGGACAUUAGCUAACCGCUCUUGAGUUAUCGUGCAGCUCGGAUUCUUAGUGCCGUUUCUCUUGUCAUUGUUGUAAAGUAAAACUGCUUGGGAUUAUUUCAAUUACUCUGCAAGGUUGAGUUCUCAACCCAUCGUAUUUAACUUUUUUCAUUUUGAAUGGGGAGUUCGCCUACAGCUAGCCUCUCAGACAAGUUAUUAUUUCUUCACUUUGUCUUAUUUUGAGGAAGUAAAGACAGGAUCUUACCAGUGAAUUUACAUCAUCACUAACCAUCAUUCUACCACAUAAAUGCUCAUUCAUUGGGUAUUAUUUAAGCCGAACACAUCGUAAACUGCCAAAUACAACUGCGUGUUAGCAGACCAAAUAUACAUCAUUUGAGACCUUGUUUAAAACAAAGGGGAUGUGUCACCAAACCAGGAAGUAAUCGAUCAUCAAAGGGAAACUGUCACUGCUUCACUAGACUGGCUACUAACCUCAAGCCAUGUCUGCAUUAAAACCAGAGCAACUGUCUCAUGUUGUUCAAGUAGCUACCCGCAAAACUAAUAUGUCUGAGGAGGAGUUCCUUUUGUUUUAGUAGGUGCCCCUUUAAAACAGAAAAAAAAGGCCAGUGUUUAUUUUUCCCCACACGGAUGGAAAGUUGUCACUUUUGUCGCUACGACGCGCCCACCACCUCAUUGAGAUUUUGUGUUGUGUUGAUUACACUAUUGCAAGAACAUGCAGCAUGCUCACCAUGCAGGAUUCAUAUGGAUAAGAACACAGAUGCCUUGCUUGUUUGUCCACCAACGUUGUGCACUGAAUCAAGCCACAAUAUUGUAAACUAUAGCAGAAGCCGGCUGACUGGUUCGUGGCUUCACUCGUCGUUUUGUAGAGCUGGUGGACGAGCGUCUGUCCUCAGACGCCGCUAACGCUUACUAACACCCGGGCUGUAAAAAUGCAGAGAAGUUAGUCGCAGCAUCCUUUGCUCUAAUGCCGUCGCCUGUGUAGGACUGUUGGUUUUAUGUGUUUUAUUUAUUUUGUUACUUGGACAUACAGAAACCGGUUGUAUGCUUGACCAAAAGUACAGAUUUUUACACGCAUGUUGAAAGUUUUUGUUUUUUUAAUUUAUUGUUUGCGUGUCGGCCUCCACCUAAAAGCGACACUUUGGCCGGGACACAUUUCUUCUCUCUCUCACAGUGUGUGUGCGUGUGUGUAGACAGCAGUUUGGUUUACACGCUAAAUCAAAGGCUGCACUGUAUCCAGACACACACACAUACGGUUUUCUACUAACUGCCAUAGCACAACAAAAGACACUGGUCAUUUGCUGUCGCUUGUUUUGAAAUGUCAACGCAUUCAAAUGGAGUAAAAACAAUGUAAUUGAUUUACAUCAAACCAUUUUAACAUGAGCAGCUCUUCUAUUACUUGUCACUGACUAAAAUAUUCCGCUUUGUGCUAUUCUGAAUCGUGUCUGUCCAUUCGAAAUAUGCUGUCUACUCGUGUUUAGCAACGUUUGUGUGAAUAAUGUACUAUUACUAUGUGAUGUAUAAAAAGGAGAGUUAAUGAAACACAAGUGUAGACCUAUCACAUGGAAUAAAAAUAAAGAUAUUUCACCAAAAUGUAA